AGGUGGAAGGCCCCCCGCCUGCGCCGCCCGGCAAAGGAAGGCCCUUCCGGUCCCCUGUCCGUUUUUCUCCGCUGCGAUGCCGCUUUACGAGGGCCUGGGGAGCGGCGGCGAGAAGACGGCCGUGGUGGUCGACCUGGGCGCGGCCUUCACCAAGUGCGGCUUUGCAGGUGAAACAGGACCAAGAUGUGUGAUUCCGAGCGAAAUAAAGAAACCCGGUAUUCCAAAGCCCAUCAAAGUUGUUCAGUACAACAUAAAUACAGAAGAGUUAUACUCAUACCUGAAGGAGUUUAUCCAUAUGCUUUAUUUCAGGCAUUUGCUGGUGAACCCCCGAGACCGCCGUGUUGUGAUAGUGGAGUCCGUGCUCUGCCCUUCCCAUUUCAGAGAGACGCUCACAAGAGUUCUGUUCAAGUAUUUUGAGGUUCCCUCAGUGCUGUUUGCUCCAAGCCACCUGAUGUCACUCUUGACCCUUGGGAUUAAUUCUGCGAUGGUCUUAGAUUGUGGCUACACAGAAAGUCUGGUGCUGCCAAUCUACGAGGGAAUCCCAGUUCUGAACUGCUGGGGGGCCCUUCCCUUGGGAGGGAAGGCCAUUCACAAGGAACUAGAAUACCAACUGCUCGAGCAAAGCACUGUGGAUACAGGAGCCACCAAAGGACAGAACCUUCCUUCAGUGAUGGGCUCAGUUCCUGAAGACAUCAUAGAAGACAUAAAAGUUCGGACUUGUUUUGUGAGCGACCUCCAGCGGGGGCUGAAAAUUCAGGCGGCAAAGUUUAACAUGGAAGGCAGUGCGGAGCGCCCAACUCCCCCUCCAGAUGUUGACUACCCGCUGGAUGGAGAGAAGAUCUUGCAUGUGAAUGGAGGCAUCAGGGAUUCUGUUGUGGAAAUACUCUUUGAGCAGGACAAUGAAGAACAAUCGGUGGCCACUUUAAUACUGGAUUCACUUUUACAGUGCCCGAUAGACACCAGGAAGCAGCUCGCUGAGAACUUGGUAGUGAUCGGGGGCACCGCCAUGCUGCCGGGGUUCCUGCACAGGUUGAUGGCGGAAAUCAGGUACCUGGUGGAGAAACCCAAGUACAAGGCGAUGCUGGCCACCAAAGCCUUCCGAGUGCACACCCCACCCGCCAAGCCCAACUGCGUGGCGUGGCUAGGAGGAGCCAUUUUUGGAGCCCUCCAGGACAUCCUCGGGAGCCGCUCCGUAUCCAAGGAGUACUACAACCAGACAGGACGCAUCCCCGACUGGUGUUGCCUCAAUAACCCUCCCUUGGAAAUGAUGUUUGACGUUGGGAAGACGCCUCCUCCACUGAUGAAAAGGGCCUUUUCCACUGAGAAAUAGGGGUUCGGCUGAGACGAGAGGCUCUGCUCAUUUGGUGCCCCCCCUUCCCCAUUCCUUUUCCACGAACUGGUGACUGUGAUGGAGCUGAACAUCAAAGUGUCCAGGAAAAAUGUGCCACAAUUGGAUGUGCCCCUUCGGUCUAGUGGAACUAGCACCAAUGAUUUAUUUAUAGGUACCAACUGCAAGAUAGGUGCCCCCGAGCACUCAAACUUUUAUAUUAUUUAAAGUAUUUAAACAUGGGGGUAGGGGAGAACUGCUUGGAACCCAGAAUUGCUUGUGUAACAUUCUCUGCCAUACUCAGUACUGUGUUUAUUUUGCAUUAGUAGAUGGAUGAAAUAUUAAAAUAGCAAUGGGAUAGCCCAAAUCUAA